AUGGUUAUUUGUUUUCCUGAAUCCCUCCAAACAAUAAUAAUUUUUCUUUUUGUUCCAGCAAAGCGGGAAAGCUCCCGAUUACCAACAAUAGUAUUCCUCCACGGUGAUUCCUACGAGUGGAGCUCAGGCAAUCCUUACGAUGGAACAGUCCUCGCCGGAUUUGGAGAAGUUAUUGUCAUUACCCUUAACUACAGGCUUGGGAUUUUGGGUUUUCUUCCAGCAAUGGAAGCUGCUUCCCGAGGCAAUUAUGGCUUGAUGGACCAAAUAGCUGCUCUGCAUUGGGUUCAGGAGAAUAUUGCUCAAUUUGGUGGAGAUCCUAGAAACAUAACUCUUCUUGGUCAUGGAUUUGGAGCUUCCUGCGCUCAUUUAUUGAUGCUAUCACCCAUGGCUAAAGGUUUAUUUCAGCGAGUAGUGCUACAGAGUGGAUCAGCAUUUAGCCCGUGGGCUGUUGCACAGGAAGCAAUGACAUUUACUCGCCAUGUUGCUCGAAAGCUUGGAUGUCCGGUGCUAGAUCAUCCAGCUUUAGUUAGGUGCAUGCGUCUUAGACCUAUUUCUGACAUAAUGAGGGUCCAGUUACUCGUUCCAGAAUAUUUAACAGCUUUUGGACCAAUGGUGGAUGGUUUAGUUAUUCCUGCUGAUCCUGAGAAAAUGCUUAUGAAUCCUCCGUCAGAACUCUUGUCGGGACCCAAAGUAGAUGUUCUAAUGGGAGUGACGAGGAUAGAAUCUUUUUUCUAUUUUGGUGCAAAUGAAGAGCGCUACGGAAUAGAAGCUGUUAGAAGAGAUCGAAUGUUGAGGACACUUGUCAGAAAUCUUUUUACUUUCCACCUACAGGAAAUAUUUUUGACGAUAGUAAAUGAGUACACUGACUGGUCAAGACCUGUUCAACAUCCAGUAAAUAUACUUGAUGGUACUGUGGAUGCAUUAACGGAUGCCUUGGUUGUCGCACCAUCUAUAAGUAGUGCUAAUUUUCUGUCUAAACUGCGACAUAGGACGUUUCUUUACGUUUUUAAUCAUCCUACUGAAGCAAGUGAUUAUCCUCAAAGGCUAAUUUGUGUGCAUGGAGAAGAUCUUCCUUAUCUUUUUGGUGCUCCACUGGUUGGCAGCUUGGCACAUUUUCCAAACAAUUACAGCAAGCCAGAAACUGCCUUAUCAGAGGCAAUCAUGCUUUAUUGGUCAAAUUUUGCAAAAUAUGGAGAUCCAAACAUUGUUCAUGAUUUAGAAACGCCUGAGAAAACACGGGGUCGUUUUGAAAGAUUUGUAUGGCCUUUGUAUGACAGCGUAAACCAAAAAUAUCUUUCAUUAGCCAUGAAACCAAAAAUUCGCGAUCAUUAUCAUGCACACAGAUUAUCUUUCUGGUUAAGCCUUAUUCCUAAACUCCAUCGACAAGGAACGACACCUGGAGUUGCAUCACAGCAUCACCUUCUUGAUGAUCAUGACAAUCCACUAACUUAUGAUGGAAUUGUAAGACAAGGACCUGUACUUUCGUCAAUAGGAAUAGCUGCACACGCACCCACUAGCAAACCGAGAAUAAAUCUUCACAUCCCUACUCUUAACUCUGAUGUCAAAGUCAGCAUUUCGCAAACACCGGAGACAACGACACCGUUUCAUUCUUCCUUAGGGGAGCAUCCAUGGGCAGAAGUCCCCCCUACACCAUUACCAAGUUCGCCAAACGUUUCCGGAAGUAUGGCGUCGUCUGAUUCUAUUGUGGUGCCAAAAGAUGGCUAUUUGACAGCUUUGAGAGUCACUAUUAUCGUUGGCUGUUCUUUGCUGAUACUCAACGUUUGUAUUUUCAUAGCUGUUUACUAUCAAAGGAGUGAAAAUAGAGCUGAGCUUGCGAUGAGAGAAGAUAGUCUAAAAAAUCGUCGCUGCACGGAACUUGAGAGUGCUCCCUCCACCAUCAAACCAAAUAUACGAGCUCCACCUCCAUCACCAGACUUGCAACGCGCUGACUUGACCCAUUUCAUUCCUCCUCCACCAAUCUUCAUUCCUCCACUGUCUCCAGCCGCCUCAGUCGAUGAUGCUCUUACCUUCAUUCCAUUGCGAGAGACGUCGGCUGGAGGUAGCAAGGCCUCUUCCCAAGAGGGACAACAUGCUGGUGGAUCCAGCCACACCACUAAAGUACGUUGGGCUCCUGAUGUUGGAUGCGAAGGUGACAGAGACGCAGUAUGGCUCUGA